CUGAUGAACAUUUAUUCUUUUUAGUCAAAUUAUCAAAAUGGAAAAUUAUGUAAAAGUGAAGAAAAUCGGUGAAGGCUCCUUUGGAAAAGCACUUUUAGUUAAACGAAAACACGAUGGAAAACAAUGUGUUGUGAAAGAAAUUGGAAUUUCUAAGAUGUCUUCAAAAGAAAGGGAAGAGUCUAAGAAGGAGGUUAAAGUACUGUCACAGCUCAAACACCCAAAUAUUGUCAGCUAUUUAGAAUCUUUUCAAGGUGAUGGAAAUCUUUACAUUGUCAUGGAUUAUUGUGAAGCAGGAGAUUUAUAUCAACAUAUUGUUAAACAAAGAGGAAUACAUAUGGACGAAACAAAGGUGUUGGACAUAUUUGUACAAUGUUGUCUUGCCAUUAAACAUAUUCACGAUAGAAAAAUUUUACACAGAGAUAUAAAAACACAGAAUAUAUUUUUGACUAAACAUUUUAUAGUUAAAUUAGGAGAUUUUGGAAUUGCUCGUGUUCUAAAAAGUACAAUGGAAUUAGCACAAACUUGCAUAGGAACACCUUAUUAUUUAUCUCCCGAAAUUGUGGAGAACAGACCCUAUAAUAAUAAAAGUGAUAUUUGGAGUCUAGGGUGUGUUUUAUAUGAAUUGGCGACGUUAAAGCAUGCAUUUGAAGCAGGAAACAUGAAGAAUCUAGUUAUGAAAAUUGUAAGAGGUUCAUAUCCGCCUGUACCCAACAGAUAUUCUUUUGAGUUGCGAUCCUUGGUCGCUCAAUGUUUUAAGAGAAGUCCUAUAGAACGACCUUCUAUCAAUUCCAUAUUAAAAAAACCAAUCAUUCAACAAAGAAUUGCGAAAUACCUCUCACCAGAGGAGUUGGAAUCUGAAUUUAGUCACACUGUGUUACAUCGAGAAAAGUUUAACAUGGCAAAGCCAUAUCCUUCAUCACGACCUCUAUCUGUAGCUGUAUUAAAAAAACCACAUGCAGGAAAAAGGUUAGCUGGUCCUGCAGCCGUUUAUGGAGUUUCUGUUGCGAAAAAGCCUGUACCGGUUCGAAAACCUCUCAGUGUACUACAAGCAGCUGCAAGACAGAAAAAAAGUUCAGAGCAGGUUGUAAAAAAUUCAUCGGACAAGCGAAGGGAGAUUGAUGCACGCGAGAGACGCAGGAAACAAUUACUUUCCCAAGAACAACAAUAUCAGGAUUAUAUGGCGAAAAUUCAAAAACAGCGAUGGGACAAACAACAGGUAGCUCAUAUGAAUAGAGCAAGAGAAGUUGGCUGGAAGAAUGUCCUGAGCUCAGAUGAAAAGAAAUUGAAAGUUGAAAUACCCCAAGCUAUCAAUGCAGCGAAAAAUAAAGAUGUGAUGAAGAAAUAUCAACCUCAAGCUAAUAUCGAAAAACAUCUAAAUAAACAACACCCUCAAUAUGAACAAAAACAACAGCAACAACAACAUGCAGAGGAAAAACCAGUCGCAAAACCGAUUAAUGCAUGGCAAGUGUCUGAAGAAGCUAAACAUAACGCUUUCAAAGCAGAAGAUGCAGCUGAACGAGCAAGGGUGUUGGAAGAAUUUUGGCAACGCAAGAAAGAAGCAGCAGCAUAUAAAGCUCGUGGUAACCAAGACAUGUAUGGGCGUGUGAACGUGGUGGCGAAAGAAGAAAAUCCAUUAUUGCAAUUCCACAUUGAGCAAAUGGCUGCUCAAAAAAAAGGACACGGAAGAAACAAACUAGAAGUGGACUAUUUAAAACAGUUGGAAGCAAUCCGUAAACAGAAUUACAUUGAAAGAAAGAAUUUACAAUGUGGUGGUGAUGGUAAACUUUAUGUACACAAAAAUGAGAAUAUUCCCGAUCCAAGGUAUGAUCCAGAUGCAAGAAGGAGAAAGAUAGAAGCAUUAAAGGAACAAGCUGAACAGAGAUCUGCAAUGUUACGUCAGCAACUUGAAUUGAGAAAGAAACAAGUUGAAGAGAGAAUAGAGAAAGAACGACAGCAAAGAUUGAAGGAGAGGAAAAAUCAACCAAUCGCAAAACAAGUUGCUAGGCCACUGCCAAAAUUGAAUGAGAAAGAAAUGAAGAAAGAAAAAAUCGUUACUCCUGCUGUUGGUUUGGAAACAGCGAUGAAUCAAGUUGUAAAGCCUAAACUUUUUCGAUCGUGCUCAGAGGGUGACCUUGCUGAUCUGGUGAAGCCAGUGGAGAAGGUGCAGCGUAAGAAUUGGGGUGGGGUUGCUCCUGUUCAGUCGGCACUGGCUAAUAUGCCCUUGGAAAUCACAUCUUCUGCAAUGGAAGCAACUACUGCUGGUAAUGUUGAGCCUAAUGCAAAUCCUUCCAAAGAUAUGCCAUCUCGAAGACAAUGGCUACCAGAUGGUAAAACACAAUUUGUUUCCAUGUUACAUAAUAUUGAGCUGAGUGGAACUCAAAUGCCUACCAUGACCAUAAAAGCUGAUCAAGAACAUCAAUCAUCAAAUCUAAGAAAUGGGCUUGGAAAGAUUGGAGAAACUAUAAUAUUAUCGUCAAAACCUAACCAUGUUGACACAAGCAAAACUAUAACGAUCUCCAAUAAAAAGGAAGAACUAGUGGAGAAAAUUGCAACCAGUGUGGCUGAGAAUAAAACUAUAGUUAUUUCUAAAGACAUGGAAAUUGAAAAUAACAGUGGCCUUUUGAAAAACGAAUCGGAUGAUAAGACGACAGCACUGCAACAGAGUUUAGAACAUGUCAAUAUUUCGCUGGAAGAAAAACCAGAAAGUGUAAAGGAAGAUGAAGAAUUAAUUGAUAUAUCGAAAAAUGAAACGAAGAAGUUUGUUGGAAAUCCUCCGAAAACUGCAUGGGCUGGCGAUGAAGAUGAAAAGAAAGAGAUAGAUGCGAAUGUUUCAAGAGAAAGCGAUGAUUCCUUUCACACUCCAAACCGUAUGGUUGGUUUGCAGACAGGUUGCUAUGAUAUCGAAAAAAAGCUUUUAAGAACAUGCUCUUUACCAGACUUAAGGAACAAUGCUGAAUCUCCUGUUUCGUUGAGCAUAUCAUUGGAAAGAGAAAAAUCUGUUGAAGCAAACGGGGAAAAACUUGCUUCGCUAGAUGACAACAAUGAAAAUGACAGUAACGAAUGUGUCAUGACUGAUAUUAACAAUGAUGAUGAAGAAGAGGAAGAAGAAGAAGAGGAGAAGGUAGGAGAAACAGAUGACGGAGAUGAAGAAGAAGAAAAGGAGAAGGUAGAAGAAACAGAUGACGGAGAUGAAGAAGAAGAAGAAGAAGAAGAAGAAGAAGAAGAAGAUGAGGAGCUACAAAAUGAAGAAUGUUUUGAGAAUGAUGACGAAGAAGAAAUUGAAGAUUUUGAAAGCAUGCUGGAAUCCAUGAGGGAUGUUUUGAAAAGCACAGCACACUCACCUGUUUCGACAACAGUGGUUGAUAAAGACGAUGUGAAACAAGAUGACAAAAAUUCUGAAGCAAACAUCAAUGCUGAUGAUGCCGAAGAUGAUAAUGAUGUUUGGGAAUCAGAAAAUGAGGAUGAUGAAAACAGUAAGAUGACAUUAAAACCAAAAGAAAAAGAUGCAAAACUGAAAGAAACGUUGUUUUCAAGAAUUGAAGAAUCAAGAAAAGCACUUGAAGAUGAACUAGGAUUGGAUUUGUUUGUUAAAAUAUAUAAACAUGUUCAGACGAUACAAGACAACGAGGAUGACGAACUUCAGCUAGAUACAGUAGAAGUAUCCGAACUUCUUGGAGAUAAAGAAUUUCUAUACCAAAAAAUUGUCUACUUAGUCAUGGCUGACAAUGCUUAUUGCGAAGGUAAUGAUGGCGUGUGUUAACCAAGGAAAGAUAUUCUUACUGGAAAUUCGCAGUAACAUACGACGAGAAGAUGGAGAUUCCAGCGAAAAUGAGAAGACGUUACUUGUCCAUGGAAUUAAUACUUUCUUUUUGUGAAUUAUACCUUUUUUGUAAAUUUCGGUUAGGUGACAAACUACUCUUUUUGUUGCAUCGCUUAACACAGUACGCUGUUUAACUCUCGGUAACUCGACUUAACGAAUGUUCGAGUUAAACGUAGCCCCCGUUAAGUUAAAUCUACUCGAAAAUGAGAGAAUAGUGUUCGAGUUAGCGAUUUUUUCAAAAACAACAUUUGCUAGUAAAAAGUUCAAUCUUCCCUUUUAAAUUAAUUUUAAUGCAUAUCAUAAAAACUAAAGAAAUUUAAAAUCCGAGAUUUAUUCUUUUGAUUUCUUUCUCUGAAGUAAACAGUUAUCCAAAAAAUUAGCUUCGGGGACUAAAAAAUACUCCCGCGUUCGAGAAUGGAGUUUUUUAUAAAGAAAAAUAAAGGAAAGUUCAAAGGACCCAAGAAGUAUAUAAUAUUGUUGUAGUAAAAUCGCUUUUACGGCAAAAAUAUGAUAAUUUGUAACACAUUAGAAAAAGCCAAAUAAAAACGAAUGCUUGUAUAUAUGUAAAUUGAUUUAAGAUAACAAUGCCUGAACCUAGAUGA